GUUAAGACUCUGAAUCAUGAAUUUCUCCGCCAUCGCCAGCCCGCCAUUCACACACACACACGCACACAGAGGAAUCUCUAUAUAUACAUUAGUCGUAGAUUAAUAGUCAGAGGGGAUCAGUCGCAAAGGAGCAUGGAGGUCAGAGCCAGAGCGCCCGGGAAAAUCAUACUCGCCGGUGAACACGCGGUGGUCCAUGGAUCCACCGCCGUCGCUGCCGCCAUCGAUCUCUACACCUACGUCUCUCUUCGGUUUCCUACUCCCACUGAUAAUGAUAAUCAACUAAGACUCCACCUCAAGGAUGUGGGAUUAGAACUUUCUUGGCCGGUUGGAAAACUUAAGGAAGCUCUACCUAAACUGAACAGCCUUUCUGCUUCUGCUCCGUCAUCAUGUUCACUAGAGACCUUCAAAGCAAUAACUUCUCUGGUGGAUGAACAAAAUAUUCCUGAGACUAAUUCUAGUCUUGCUUCGGGUGUUUCAGCUUUUCUCUGGUUGUAUACUUCCAUUCAUGGUGAUAAGGCAGCUAAAGUUGUUGUGACUUCUGAGCUGCCAUUAGGCUCUGGCUUGGGUUCAUCUGCGGCUUUUUGUGUUGCGCUAUCUGGUGCCCUCCUUGCUCUAUCUGAAUCUGGUAAAUUGGAUUUUACCGAUCAAGGUUGGCAGAUUUUUUCAGACAGUGACCUGGAACUGGUUAAUAAAUGGGCUUUUGAAGGUGAAAAGAUAAUCCAUGGGAAGCCAUCUGGCAUAGACAAUACAGUUAGCACCUAUGGCAACAUGAUAAAAUUUAGGUCCGGUCAGCUUACACGCAUCAAGACAAAUAUGCCUCUUAAAAUGCUAAUUACCAACACAAAAGUUGGAAGAAACACGAAAGCUUUGGUAGCUAGUGUGUCAGAGAGAACGCUGAGACAUUCUAGCGCCAUGGCUUCUGUAUUUAAUGCUGUGGAUGCAAUUAGCAACGAGUUGGCUGCUAUCAUCCAAUCACCGGCUUCUGAUGAUCUUGCUGUAACCGAGAAAGAGGAAAAAUUAGGAGAACUUAUGGAGAUGAAUCAGGGGUUACUCCUGUGCAUGGGUGUCAGCCACCUCUCUAUUGACACUGUGAUCCGAGUUGCAUUGAAAUACAAGCUAUCAACUAAACUUACAGGAGCAGGUGGAGGAGGCUGCGUUUUGACAUUACUCCCGACCCUAUUAUCAGGAACAGUUGUUGAUAAAGUGAUUGCAGAGCUAGAAUCAUGUGGGUUUCAGUGUAUGAUUGCUGGAAUUGGUGGCAGAGGCAUGGAGGUUAGCUAUAGUUAUUAACUUCGCCCAGAAGCAAACAUCCAAAGUGUAAGAUUUCUAACCAUAUCUUCAAAUAAUAAUUUGAAGAUGUAAAACCCUUUACCCCCCCAUUUCUUGGUGUUUGUACCAUUACUUUCAUCGAACUGCCUAUUUUUCGGUUGUAUGAAAAGUGACACUCUUGGUAAUGUCAUAUUUUGCUUCGCAUCUCUGAAAAAAAUAAAAAUGUUUUUAUUUGUUCC